AUGGAUUCGCGCACGCUCUGCCAACUGCACAGGUGCUUGGUGGUGGGUGCUGGUGCCUGGUUCAGGCUCGCGUUCCAGUCCAGGGGUCACAUGCGCGCGCCACUGCUCAAGGACAUGCUGGGCAGCCGAGGUGCAGCGUCGUGCAGUCAUACCAAAUGUGUUGGACGCACCGCCGCUGUCACGAGUGCUCCCCCCUUCUUGCUUCCUCCACGAGACAAGCAAACCGGCCCAUACUCCACCACUUCUCCAUGCUCCUCCGACCCACCUUCCCCACCUGCUCCUGCUGCCACCAGUGCUUCUGCUGCUGCUGCUGCUGCUGCUGCUGCUGCUGCCACUGCUGCUGCUGUUUAUGCUGCAGUUCGUGCUGCUAACCCCCCUUCUUCCCCUGACGCUGCUCCUGCUGUGCACUCUUGCUACACUUAA